GUGAGAUGAGGGAAUGUGCCCAGCUCACCCCUCAGACUGUCCUGCCCAAACAUUCUAUUCCCUUUUGUUCUGGUUCUGUUCUCUCCUGCCAAGUUCCGGUCUAGCGCUGCAGGUGUUAAGUGGAAAAAAGACAUGACUGUGGGCAACCUCAGUCAAGGAAGGGCUUAAUGGAGCUUAUCGGAGAACAGCAAGCCAGUCAUGCACAAGGAGCUGAGGGAAUGAGACAUUGGACGGACUUCCAACUGAACUCUCAUCUCUCAACACUGGCAAAUAUUCAUAAGAUCUACCACACCCUUAAUAAGCUAAAUCUAACAGAAGACGUUGGCCAAGACGAUCACCCAACAGGAAGCCUGCGGUCUUGCAGCUCUUCAGACUGCUUUAGUAAAGUGAUGCCGCCGAGGAAAAAGAGGAGACCUGCCUCCGGAGAUGACUUAUCCGCCAAGAAAAGUAGACACGAUGGCAUGUAUAGGAAAUAUGAUUCAACCAGAAUAAAGACUGAAGAAGAAGCCUUUUCAAGUAAGAGAUGCUUAGAGUGGUUCUACGAAUAUGCAGGUACUGAUGAUGUUGUAGGUCCUGAAGGCAUGGAGAAAUUUUGUGAAGACAUUGGGGUCGAACCUGAAAAUGUAGUUAUGCUUGUCCUAGCUUGGAAAUUGGAUGCACAAAACAUGGGUUAUUUUACUCUACAGGAAUGGUUAAAAGGAAUGACUUCUCUACAAUGUGAUACAACAGAAAAACUCAGAAAUACUUUGGAUUACUUAAGAUCAUUAUUAAAUGAUUCUACAAACUUUAAACUUAUUUACAGAUAUGCAUUUGACUUUGCACGGGCAGAAGAUGGUGUUAGUGAUUGCGAGCUGCCGGCUAGCACCCUUGCAGAGCAGGAGUCAGAAAAGGACCAGCGCAGCCUAGACAUAAACACUGCCAAGUGCAUGUUGGGACUGUUAUUAGGAAAAAUCUGGCCCCUUUUUCCAGUUUUUCACCAAUUCUUAGAGCAAUCAAAAUAUAAAGUUAUUAACAAAGACCAGUGGUGCAAUGUGCUAGAGUUUAGCAGGACAAUUAACCUUGACCUCAGCAACUACGACGAAGAUGGAGCAUGGCCAGUUUUGUUGGACGAGUUUGUGGAGUGGUAUAAAGACAAACAGAUGUCCUAGGACUUUAUGCAUAGCAGCGAGAGAGUCACUGUUACCACAGAUAUGUCAACCAUUAGCCAUAAAUUGCUGUUUGUAUCGAAGCGCAUGCUGCUUUUCUUGCACUGUCUCCCUUUUGCAGGGACGUUGUGGUGUUUGCUGUUGAAUGGGCCAGCUCUGCUUGCUGUGUAGCAUUGUUCUCUUGGAAGGCUGCUUCGCAGUUUGUAUUUACACUACAGAUUGGUGAAUUUGCCAACGUCCUCACUGUGAUGAUGUGUAUAUUGCUGUUUAAAUUUUGUAUAUGUGUAUAAAAAGAAAAAGCUUCACCUAGAGAUUAUUUCUGCAAAACUGUAUUGUAAAAAUAAUUUUUGUGGCAUAUUUCUAGUCCCUUUUUUCAAAUGAACCAAUUAUACUUUAUUUGGUCUCCAACGUAGCAUUUCAGAACACGAGAGAACAACUGUUACCAUAAGCGAAUGUUGCCAGAAUUAACCUCAUUGUUUUUAAGAGGCCAACUUUUGGAAGGAGGUGGGAAUCAGAACUUUUCAGAGGCAUUUGCCAAAUAUAAUUUGGUUUACUUAAAUAGGAGUGUUUUUAAAUGAUGAAAGGUACAAAUUAUUUGAACAUCCGGACAUGUACCAUGCCACAAAUCAUUUCCACCACGCAAGGUGUAGGUUUUUAUUCUCUGAUGUUAAAGCCGUAGUAGUUUGAAUAUAGGUACAAAUGAACAAAUUAAAGUUGCACCUUUUUUAAAUGAGUUUGAAACUCUCGUAAACUUCCUUUACUGUUUUUUUUUUUUUUUUUCCCUUUUGCCUUCUCCUGGUCAGUGUUGGGUCUGCUGAUGCUUCCGUGCCAUUCUAAGUAACAUUGAUUUUUGCCUCCUCUGUGGAAACCUAAUGGUUCGCUGGCAAUUUGUAACCGCAGAGCACUUUUAGUUGUGGUUUGGAUUUUUAGUUAAGCUUUUGUGGUGUCUAAUCUUCUAGUUUUUUGGAAAAAGAACUAUACUAUAAGUGAGAGGUGUUUUGUUUUGUUUUGUUUUCUUUCUUUCAUGCUAGGCUUUUCCUGGCAGAAUGUCCAUUGCAGGCAGUGGACACGAAACCACCAGCACUGAGCUCACUUUGUCACACAGUAGGACCUUUCCUGGAGGGGCCACUCGUCAUUCAUUACCUGAGUAAUUUGUACAGAAAGGUGAUAGCCAUUAUUUAUGUGGAUGAGGAAACAAGAGUAAACAGGACGGUAUUUUUAGGUUUGUAUUUUAUGUCUUUUUUUUUUUCCCUUGCCUUACCCUUCUUGAGGAAAUGUAUAGAUAACAUGUUUUCCCCUCAACUAUCUGGUGCUAUUGAAUGACUAAUUUAAUCCCUAAAGUUUUGUGAAAACAUAAAGUCUAAUGAUUUAAACCGAGUAAAAAGCUAAUGGUGCAUUUGAGCAGGUGAAUGCCGCAGGUUUGAGCAAGAUCCAUGAUGGAAUAAUGAUUGGAAGAGGUUUGGGUUAUUGCAAAAUCUGGCCAAAAAAUCUUUUGGACUAAGUGUGAACCUUUAAAUGGCAUUAAAUGAGUAAAGCACACAGACAAUGCUACUCCUGACCACUAUUUCACAGUUUCUUUGCAAACAGUGUUCAGAUUUUCAUAUUAUUUUUUCCCUAACUGAACCACCAAAGACAGAAAUUUUGUAUGUAUAUACGGUGUGUGUGCAUAUACAAAAUCAUGAUGUGGUAGAAUGAAAUCACUUCCUUUUUCUACCAAACAGAAAGGUUUGGUUUGCUGUGAAAUAAACCAGAAGUGUGAAAAACUCUGUAGUGAUUAAGCAGACUUAAUCAUUCCUUGCUUAGGAAUGGUAGACUCGCCUCUACCUUACAACUUCAUACCAGUUUGCACAAGUUAAUAUCCGAAGAGAAUAGAAGAUGUUGAUGGCAAGCACAACUCUUGGGACCGAUGUGUUGCAAGGGGUUCCAUCCCAACAGGUGCCUGGUAUUCCAGUGGCGGUGGGCCAGAGGCAGGUGUGAGUUUGUGAAGAACUUGAUUCGUUUUCAGAAGUAUCCCAUAAAGUUAAAAAAGAAAAAAAUCACACUUUAAAGGCAACAGUUCUUAGAUUCACUCAACUAUAGUUUUGUUUAAACAAAUAUAAAUCAUAGAUGAAAUUAUUUUAAAAGUUAUGGUUAGGAACUGGAGAAUGUUUUGAAACACUAAGCACAGUUAAUCGUAACAUAAAGGGAUUGUUACGGGGAGAUGUUACAUCUCAACCACAGUGAACAUUUUGAUGAUAAGGGGAAAAACCCAAGGGAAACCUAUUCGUGACCUAGAGUAUGGAAAGUGAGUAUUCCAAAGUGAUGAUGAUCUUGUAUAUUUGGAAGACUCCAAAUACUUUUUGAGCUCCCUGGAAAAAUAAACCUCCAUGACUGUGGAGUGCUUGCCCUUGGUUCUUGAUUUUAUGCAGUUAUUUUUAGGGAGAGGAAAAGGGGCCAAACGAGUAAUAAGAUACUUUUCUCUUAACCAUGUCCCUCAGUUACAUAAAAUUGAGCAGUCACCAGACACCUACUGGCUAAUGUUAAAGAAAUGCGGGUGCCUUCCUCUGGCUUUUCUUUCUUACCUGUCUGCACCCUUUGCCUUCCCACUGUGUCUUGAACUACACAUUGCAACACGGUGUCGUCAUGGAGUACAACAUUUCGGUGUUUACUGGCAGGUCAGGAAUUUCGUGAUUUGAUUUGCCAUAAACACCCACUGUAACGUUACAUGCAGCUGUCUCGAAGCAUGAACUCCGAAUUAAGUUUUUACAAAUCUGACUAGACAAACCUCUAGCUUCUCCUGUAACAACACACAUCUGUUGCCUCUCCGUCUCCAUUUUAAUAGUGCUUUUGAAGUUUAUACAGAAAGCUUUCCAAGUUAGUUUGUGCCCUUGGUUUUUAUUCUUAAAACUGCUAAAAUACCUCUGUAAGCCUUAUCUUUUAUUCUUUCAUAUGUUGUAUAAUAAAUGUAUAGAAGUCAUUGACCAGCUAAAUGUUGGGUGUCUGUAAAUGAGACCAAAAUGUGGGUUGCUUUUUAUCAUAAGCUCUUUUCCCCUGGGGGUUACUGUUAAAUGGACAGCAGCCAACCUGUAACUGUGAACGCUUCCUGUCGUCAGUAGCUGCAUUCCACCCAUAGACAUGUGCAAGUCCCGUGACUCCGGCUUAACUAAAACACUGUUAUGCCACCUAACUGAGUGCAGCAAACUGGUUUUAGGUUUUAAUGGAAUUGAUGUAAAGUGAUAUCCCAUAAAUAAAAAGUAUUUGUGUUUGG